CUAAGAGGAGAAGGCAGAACUGGCACUCCUGGGCACCUGCACUCCGAGCCUGAUGCCUGUGGAUCCCUUCCUUUGGUAGCAGUUGUCCAGCAGCAGCCGCCCUCUUCUGCCUUAGCCUGACCUGGUGGCCACCACUCUCUGGGAACACGAGGCCUGUCACUUCCUCUGCUACAUUCCAUGGCCGCCCUCCCACUCAGGAUCCUUAUCUUCCUCUGGCAUUGCCAUGACCCAUGAUCCUUUCCUCCAGAUGCCUGCCAUAGAGGACCUUCCUGGCUAUGGGCAUCGCUAAUCCUCUCUGCCUCUGCUGUGUCACUGGUGUCUUUGUGACAACAUGAGCUCUGGCAUGAGGACAUUGGCGACAUGUUAGUGCCCUGGAGGAGCCAGGUCUGGAUCCUGGGUUAGUAGGUGAUGGAGGCAGUGUGGGUGGUAGGACCCUACAAAGGACUGGCCUGAAGCUUCCUUUGAAGACCUUGCGUUGGGCUCCCUUGGAGGGUUGGGCAAUGUGUGUGUGUGUAUGUGUUGCUGGCUUUGUCUACUGCACAUUGUAUACCUAGGCUUGAGUCCUUUUUCUUUGCCAUGUGUGCUAAUGUGACUCUGCCGCAGCCCCAGUUCGGGGCCCACACCCACCUUCCCAUGGAGUGGGAAGAGGAAUUGGUGUUAUCCCUGGCCCUUCCCAAAGAGUGAUCCCGAGAAGCGGAGUCCGGAGUUACCUUUAGGAAAACAGCCUCAGCUCACCCUGACCUAUGAUGGGUGCAUGGUGAUGGGAAUGGUGGGCUGUGUUACCCAGGGCCCCUUGGUAGGGCUGCUGUGAGCUUGUUGGAUGAUGCUGGGGGAAGCUGUGACCCAGCCAGCUCAGCCUCAUCUCAUGACCCUCAAGCCCUACAGCCUUUUUGACCCAAAAUCAAGGUUGACCUCGUUGCUCACUUGCAUACUUCUGUCUAGAAUUAUGAUUCCAGCUCAUACUCACACCUGUCUGCUGAAAUCCCAGCAUCCUGUCCAAAUCUCUUUUCCACGCUACCUGUUCCAAGAAGCCUCUCAGGAAUCCAAUGGUUUCUUAAAGGGGUUUCCCACGUCGACCUCCCUGAACACAUUGGACCACACUAGGGCCCCUGUGGUCGUCUGUCUUGUGUUGGUUAUGAGUCAUCCUUCUGGACCAAUCUGCAGCUCCAACAGGCAUGUAUUCCCCUUGUGGGAAGUCAAGAUCAAGGAGGCAAGCACCCCUCAGUGUGGAGGACCUGGGCUGCCCUACCAUGCAUCCCAAGGGGCUCUGCAGAUGGAAAGCCAGAGCACGGAGGUGGAUCGUCUCUGGUGCUGGCUCUCCUUACAUGCAGGUGUGAACCAGAUGCUCUCCCAUGAUCCUUCCUGGCCUGGAGGUCUGAACUGGGGACUCUCCACUCAAGCCUCACAUUGCCUUUGGACCUUAGAUGGUCAGCAACAACAGUAACAACAACAAAACACGGAUGUUGUAUCAUCUCAUGGCUGAACACACAGGUGGUGGGUACUCUGAAGUUUCUGGUCUGCACCCAUCUUCUGGACUCCACAUUGUAAGUAUUCAACUUUUGGAGCUAGCACUGUGGUAUAGCAGGUAAAGCGGCCGCUUGCAGUGCUGUUAUCUUAUACGGGAGCUGGUUCGAGUCCCGGCUGCUCCACUUCUGAUUCAGCUCUCUGCUUAAGGCCUAGGAAAGCAGUGGAAGAUGGUCCAAGCCCUUGGACUCCUGUACCCACGUGGGAGACCCAGAAGAAGCUCCUGGCUCCUGGCUUCCGAUAGCGCAGCUCCGGAUGUUGCUAACAUCUGGGGAGUGAACCAGCAGAUGGAAGACUUCUCUCUCUCUCUUUUACCUCUGCCUCUCUGUAACUCUGCCUUUCAAAUAGAUAAAAAUUAAAAAAAUCCAAUUAUUUACUUGAAAUAUCCACUUGGAUGUAUACAGGCGCCUACAAAUCACAUUGAAUCUGUUAAAAACUAAUCAAAAAUUAAAAUUUAAAAAUUUACAAAACCUACGUGGAUGUGUGGAAGAACAGAGUAUCAAACUCUAUGUGAGGGUAUUUUACAUAUAUUUUAUUAUAUAAAUAUUAUACAUAUUUUCCUAUGUAUACAUUUACUUAUAGUAAAGUUUUGUUGGUUAAGCACAGAAAGAGAUUGAAAAUAAUGGCUCACAAUAAAACAGAAAAAUUAUUGCAAUACACAUACAGUGUAAUAAAAAUAUUAUGAGUGUGUUAUCUUUCGUACUGCGCUGUGCUGGUCCUCUGGUGAUGGAUUGAGAUGAUGCGAUCCUUACUGGAUGACGGGAAGUGAGGUUCAUGAUAGGCAUCGUGAUGCAGCAUUGGGCAUCCACAUAGCGGUCAUUGGAACACAGGUACCACACGCAGUGUUACAGCAGUUGGUAACCAACCUGAGUGCUAACUGACUGACAGGUGGGUAGCAUAUAGGGCAUGGAUGCGCAGGACAAAGGGAGGAUUCGCAUCCCAGGCAGGAUGUGGCAUGAUGGUGGUGGGAUGUCAGCCCAGGAAGCAGGUAAGGGCAAGGAUGGGAGCAGGGGCCGUGUGUGUGUGAGAACCCAGCUGCUGCGUCUGCAGGGAGGGUCCUGUCUGAGCGGUGGUAGCCGUCCUGGCUCAGCUCAUCACUGCCAUCUGCUUUGCUUGCUCCAUGCGCAGGGCGGGUCUGGGCGGUCUGGAGCCUGGUGGGUGGCCUGCCUGCUGCACCCUGAGUGCUGCAGGGCCCCGCCCCUGGGGUGCCGAGAGCAAAUGAGCUCUGUGAGCUUAAACUUUUCCCCUGUUCUUGCCUCUUCCUUUUCCGAUGCUUCCUCUGCAGCUGAUCAGCCGGCAGGAGCUGCCAUGGGGCCCUGCUUAGCAGCCCCCCACCUCUGCUGGGCCUCGGGGCUGCUGGCCUUCCUCAGCCCCCUCCUCAGCAUCUGCAGCACCUUGGGCAAGGGCCCUGAAGCUCGUGGCUCCGGGGUUCUGGAUUCUGGACUCCACUUUCCUGUGAAGAGGACGCGAGGGGGCUCCGUGUCGUUCCAUGUGGUGCAGCAGCCAGGAUGGGCUCCUGGAGAGAAGCUGGAGGAGAUCUCGUGGGGCUUUGGCCCUGAGUCAGCGUACAGAGUCAUCCUGCUGGUCCACAGUGGGACAGCCUCUCCAACCUGGGUCAGCCUCGAGGACAAGUUCAAACCAAGGCUCCACAUGCCCAACAUGACGUCCCUUGUGAUUGAGAAUGUGACCUCACAGGACAGUGGGCAGUAUCGGGCUCAGAUCAGAUUCACUGGAGGACUUUUAUCUACCCAGGUUUUCCACCUCACUGUCUAUGAGCCAGUGCCUGCUCCUCAAAUCCUGGCUGAGUCACCGUCCAUCACAUCUGGCUGGUGCAACGUCACCCUGCAAUGCAGGGCCACAGGGGCCACAGAGCAGCUGAACGUGACCUGGGAGAGCACAGGCCCCCCCAGCGAGCUGAAGCAGGGAGGGGCACCAGGACCAGCCCCCAACUCCUGGACUCUGGCUGUGAGUCUACCUCGGAGUCAGCCCAAAGCCAGCCUCACCUGUGUGGUCAGCAACCAGGGGGACCAGAAGAGCGCCACCUUGGACCUGGGUGAUGUCUGUGUCCAAGAAACAGACUCGCAUGGACAGGCCAUUGCUUGCCUUGUGCAAGUAAUCCGGGGCACUCUUCUGGCUGUUCUGCUGAUCCUGGGAGCUGGAUUAUUCCUUUGGAGGACCCGUGGGAGGAAGAAGAAGGAGACUGGAAGAGGUGCCUCCCCAUAGGGUGCCUGCCUGACUGUACACGAGGCCAGUCCCCCAUUGCCUCUGCUGUGUCACCGGUGUGUGUCUUUUUGAGAGCACGAGACCCAGUGUGGGGAUACUGUGGAGGCAUUGACCGCGCUGGAGGAGCUGAGUUCUGGAUCCUGAGUUGGAAGAUGAUGGAAGCAAUGUGGGUGGUUGGGAACUGGCAAAGGAGUGGCCUGAAACUUCCUUUGCAGACCUUGCAUAGGGCUCCCUUGGGGGUGUUGGGCAGUGUGUGUGUGUGUGUGUGCGUGUGUGUGUGCGAUUGUGGUAGUGUCUACUGCACAUUGUGUACCUGGGCUGGAGCUCUUUUCCUUUGGCAUGUGUGCUAAUGUCACGCUGCCUCCGCCUCAGCUCGUGGCUUCCUGGGCAGUGGGAAGAGAAGUCUGUGCUGUCUCUGGCCCUUUCCAGAUGCGUGUCUCCCAGAGAACAACCCUGGGAAGCAGUCAGGAGUUUUCUUAGGAAAACAGCCUCAGCUCACCCUGAUCUCCAAUUCUGGCAGCUGGUGGUGAGAACAGGUGUGCAGUGUCACCGCACACCCUCUGGUGGGUGCUGCUGUGUCCUCUGGCGGGUAAUGCUAGGGGAAGGUGUGACCUGAUCAUCUUGGCCUCUCCACUUAGCUGCAGUGCCUGAGCCUGCUGGCCCCAAGCCCUAAUGCAGCCUUUUUGUUGCUCACUCUAACACUGCCCGGUUUGGCUCUGCGACUUCCAGUGACUUUGCUUGACCCAGAGGUCUGAACUGAGGAUUCUCCCCCUCGUGAUAUCCCUCCCCUCAGUGCCUGAGGACCUGAUGUAGCCCGUUUGCAUCCUGCUGUAUGGAUGCUCCUUUUCUGCAUGGGGGUCCUCACUUGCUUGGAUCCUCUUCCUCCUGCCUUUGGCCCUGGGGUUCGCAUCACAGUUAAGCUGACUGAUGAGCUAGGCUCCUGAGUCUUGAUUCUUCCAGUUCGGCUGAGCUUCCUCAGAUCUGACUCCAGAAAUCAAAUGUCUGAACAGGGUCCCUGCUAAGGGCUAUGAUCCAAUGCUUGUGACCUGCUGAUGGUGGAUGAGUGAGUGAGGGCAGAAUAGGGCUCUGUCUCCGACUUCUUGUUCUCAGACUAAGCAUAAAUCUGAUGAUGUGAAAGAUACCAUAUCCUCACUGACAGGUGACCAGUCAUAGCUGGGCAUCAACACCUAUCAGCCCAAUGUAAGCUGUGACCACCCAUUGACAGUUCCCACUACACCUAAAGCAGAAAAAAAUAAGGAAAAUAAAAAAUAAGGAAAAAAUUUUUAAAAAAGAGAAAAAACAGACUUUUCAAGCCUCUAUUAUACCAGGUUUUAUCUCAGGUACUUUGGAAAUGUUAUUUGUUCUAAUUCUUACAAGAACCUACUGGGAUAGAUGUGAUUAUGCCCAUUUUAAGGGACAGGUAACCAGUGUCCCAACCUAUCUGGGAGAGAAACAAAGUCUUAAAUUCAACACUGAAUGAAUACAAAGUUCACAUCUUACUCCUUCUUCACCUGGCCACUUAAGCUGCUGAAUCCUGGAGUGUCAGAUGGGAGUAUCCUGCAUUUUUAAAAAAAUUUAUUUGACAGAUAUAGUUAGACAGUGAGAGAGAGAGACAGAGGAAGGUUUUCCUUCUGUUGGUUCACCCCCCAAAUGGUUGCUAUGGCCGGCAGGCUGCGCCGAUCUGAAGCCAAGAGCCAUGUGCUUCUUCCCGGUCCCCUAUGAGGCAGGGGCCCAAGCACUUGGGCCAUCCUCCACUGCCCUCCUGGGGCACAGCAGAGAGUUGGAGUGGAAGAGGAGCAACUGGGACUAGAACCCGGCACCCCUAUAUGAUGUUGGCGCUGUAGGCGGAGGAUUAGCCAAGUGAGCCACGGCGCUGGCCCCUGUAUCCUGCAUUUGUUCCUCUCCCAAGUCAGCUUAACUGUGAUGCAAGCCCCAGGGCCAAAGGCAGGAGGCAGAGGAUCCAAGCAAGUGAAGACCCCCAUGCAGAAAAGGAGCAUCCACACAGUGUGAUGUGAACAGGCUCACCUGUGACUCAGAAACGCCAGCUCAGACUGAGCUCAGAUUGAGCUCAUUGGUGAUGGAGAGCUUGUGGUUGAAAGAAGAACUUCCCCUUAAGUGGACAGUGGGGCACCAUGGAAUAGAAGAUGUAGGGAUUCAAAUUCAAUCCCAUCGAGGUGGCAUGUACCAAUGCCAUCUCACUAGUCCCAGUGAUCAAUUUCUGUUCACAAUUGAUGGUAAUGAUGAGACUAAGAACCAAAGGGAUCACAUAAACAAGAAUAGUGUCUGCAAAAACUAGCUGAUAGAAUCAGAAAGGGAGAGAAUGAUCCAACAUGGGAAGUGAGAUACACAGUAGACUCAUAGAAUGGCAAAUGUCCUAACAGCACUCCGGCCUCAUAAUCAGCCCUUAAGGUAUGCGGAUCCGGCUGAAAUGCCCAUGAGAGUAUUUCAGGCAUGGAAAGCCAAGACACUCUGGGGGAAAAAAAAAACCUAAAUGAAAGAUCUCCACGAGUGAGAUCCCAGUGGAAAGAAUGGGUCAUCAAAGAAGGAGGUAUCUUUCUCUGAAGGGAGGAGAGAACUUCCACUUUGACCAUGGCCUUGUCUAAAUAUGAUCAGAGUCGGUGAACUCAGGGGGCUUCCAUAGCCUUGGCAGCUCAUGACAAGAGCCUAGGGUGAUUACUGAUGCCAUAAACAAGAGUGUCAGUUUGUUAAGUCAACAACAGGAGUCACUGUGCACUUACUCCUCAUGUAGGAUCUUUGUCCUUAGUGUGCUGUACAUUGAGAUUUUUUUUUUUUAUUUUUUGACAGGCAGAGUGGACAGUGAGAGAGAGAGACAGAGAGAAAGGUCUUCCUUUGCCGUUGGUUCACCCUCCAAUGGCUGCCGCGGCCGGCGCGCUGCGGCCGGCGCACCGCGCUGAUCCGAUGGCAGGAGCAAGGAGCCAGGUGCUUUUCCUGGUCUCCCAUGGGGUGCAGGGCCCAAGCACCUGGGCCAUCCUCCACUGCACUCCCUGGCCACAGCAGAGGGCUGGCCUGGAAGAGGGGCAACCGGGACAGAAUCCGGUGCCCCGACCGGGACUAGAACCCGGUGUGCCGGCGCCGCUAGGCGGAGGAUUAGCCUAGUGAGCCACGGCGCCGGCCGGUGUACAUUGAGAUUUAAUGCUAUAACUAGUACUCAAACAGUAUUUUUCACUUUUUGUUUCUCUGUGGGAGCAAACUGUUGAAAUCUUUGCUUAAUGUAUGCUAAACUGAUCUUCUGUAUAUAAAGAGAAUUGAAAAUGAAUCUUGAUGUGAAUGGAAGGGGAGAGGGAGUGGAUAAGGGGAGGGUUGCGGGUUGGAUGGACGUUAUGGGGGGGAAGCCAUUGUAAUCCAUAUUCUGUACUUUGGAAAUUUAUGUUCAUAUUCUGUCUUUGCUACUUGCAAAUAAAGAUGUCAAAAAAUCAAAAAAUCAAAAAAAAAAAAAAAAAAAAGAAGAUGUGGAAAGAGGGACCUAGUGCUUUGGUGCAGGUGAGAUAUUGAGAGAGCAAAUGCUUCUCCAUCUUGGGUCUUUGUUUAGAUUCCUUCCUCUCCAUUCAAGGUGUGUAUUGGAUAUCAGCAUUGCUAGCCUCCAAUGACUCUGCCUUGCAUUAUUAUUUGUAACAUUGUUCAAUAGGCUUUACUUAACUUUCUCAUUCAAACUUUCACCAAUUUGGUGAAGCAGAAAUCCCCAUUGUGCAGAUAGAGAAAUAAAAUCCAACAAUAUUGAGUACCUCAUGCAUGUUGAGCUCCCCAAAGCGUAAGAGUGUUGACGUGAUUUGUGUCUUCAGUGGAUUAAAAGUUUACUCAUUUUGAUGCCUUCUUCUCCCUCAUCUCAGAAGUC